AUGGACACCUCCAAGCCAAUCAAUCCCUCAGACCUCUUCUCGGCCAAGGGUCUCACUGUUGUCAUCACAGGCGGAGGUAGUGGCAUUGGCCUCGCCUUUGCCACCAGUCUGGCAGGGUCUGGAGCCGAAAAGGUGUACCUCCUCGGACGGAGGAAGCAGAAUCUCGAAGAUGCUGCCAAAUCCAUCAACCCCGACAUCGUCAGACCCGUUCAAUGCGACGUUAGCAUCCCAUCAUCGAUCGACGCUGCAGUCAAGCAAAUCGAGAAGGAAUCAUCACACAUUGACGUCCUGAUCAACAAUGCCGGAGUACUCGGCCCAGACCACAAGGGCAUCGACAAAGCACAGAGCAUCCAAGAGUUGCAGGAGAUCAUGAAAAGAGAUUGGUCAGGCUGGGACACUUCGUUCCAAACAAAUACCGCCGCCAUCGUCAGUGUCAGCGCUGCCUUCUUGCACCUCCUUGAUGAGGGCAACAAGAAGAGAGGCUGGGCUACAGGCAGACAAGAAGUGCAGCAAAGGGUUGAAGGCGCAAACUACGAUGCAAACGAUCCAAGAACAAGUCAGAUCAUCACCGUCGCCAGUAUUGCUUCUUUCAACCGCUUCGUCACUGCUGGUUUAGCAUACUCGGCGACCAAGGCCGGUGCUGCUAUGUUGGGCAAGUCAUUGGCCACUCUGCUUGCACCCUUUGGCAUCAGAAGUAAUGUUAUUGCCCCAGGAAGAUUCCCUUCAGACAUGACUGCUGGAGACACAGGUUCAUUCCCUAUCACUCAGAUUCCUGCGAGCAGAUCUGGCUCGUACGAGGACAUGGCCAGUAUGAUCUUGUUCCUCGUCGGCAAGUCCGGAGCCUACCACAACGGCAAUGUUCAAGUUAUUGACGGUGGUCGCCUGAGCAUGAUGCCCUCAACAUACUAA